CGGAUCCGGGCAGGCAGGUCGCGACACUGUUACUACGUCUUGCGCUCCAAAGGUAAAUGCAGUUUCGCCGUCGUGUCGGGAAGUGUAAAAAGUGUAGAAAGCAUUGCCCGAGCUACAUUCUGCGAUUUAAGCCGUUCCGUGUAGUCUCCAUAUCGUCUGAAACUGCCAUCGGCACUGGCUAGCGGUCCACCCGGGAAUAUUACGGAAUGUUACGGAAGCAAGCAGUGAAAAUAUAGUACAAACGUGAGUGCGAUGAAAGUGGUGUGCGAAAAAUGAACAAGUGAACUAAAACAAAAGCGGCUGCUCAGUUUAAUGUGUGUUCCUGAGUUCGUGACUCUCAUGUCCCCAUGGCGCCAUCAACAAUAGAUUUUUGAUCACCACAGGACGCGAUUUCCACCGUCACCGUCAACCAUCUGCACAUAUUCAUUUUCGAAGCUCGGCUCGCCCUCCGAGGGCUCUCGCAGCGUGCGACCGGCAAAAAACAGAAAACAGUACUUUUCAGGAUAAAGCUUGGAUAAGCAUAGCCAGAGUCGACCGUGAUUAGCAGUGCACCAGAAUAAAAAUCGAAAUCUAUAUCGGUUUAAGGAGAGCUCGACGGCCGCAGUUACACCGGCAAUAGCCCAGUUGUUCAAUACAAGUCAUAUAAUGUUUACAUUGCAACCAACUCCGACGGCUAUGGGCACCGUAGUUCCUCCCUGGUCAGCGGGAACAUUGAACAUUCUACCGUCCUUAGAGGACAUGGCUCACAAGGACAAUGUGAUUGCAAUGAGAAAUUUACCCUGUUUGGGUGCCGCUGGUGGGAGCGGACUAGGCGGUAUUGCUGGAAAGCCUUCCCCUACAAUGGAAGCCGUGGAAGCCAGCACUGCGUCACAACCCCAUUCGACAUCGUCUUACUUCGCCACAACUUACUACCAUUUAACUGAUGAUGAAUGUCACAGUGGAGUAAAUCAGUUGGGUGGCGUUUUCGUUGGUGGAAGACCUUUACCGGACUCAACGCGACAGAAAAUUGUCGAGCUGGCCCAUUCCGGAGCACGACCAUGUGAUAUUUCCCGAAUUCUACAAGUUUCCAAUGGAUGUGUGAGCAAAAUUCUCGGAAGGUACUACGAGACAGGGAGUAUAAGACCACGAGCUAUUGGUGGAUCCAAGCCUCGUGUGGCCACAGCCGAAGUGGUGAGCAAAAUAUCACAGUAUAAGCGCGAGUGCCCGAGUAUAUUUGCCUGGGAAAUUCGGGAUAGAUUACUCCAGGAGAACGUUUGUACCAACGAUAACAUUCCCAGUGUGUCCUCAAUUAACCGUGUGUUGAGAAACCUGGCGGCGCAGAAGGAGCAGCAGGGCCCGGGAACUAGCAGCUCCACCACCGGCAACACGAGCGGCGCAAAAGGGGCCCCCAACGGCAGCGGCAACCUCAGCAACGGCUCGAACGGAACGCGGACCACGUUGACCUCCUCCACUGAUCUCAUGCAGACGGCCACGCCAUUGAACUCCUCGGAGAGCGGCGGCGCGAGCAACUCCGGCGAGGGGAGCGAGCAGGAGUCCAUCUACGAGAAGCUGCGGCUCCUGAACACCCAGCACGCGGCAGGAUCGGGAUCGCUGGACCCAGCCAUAGCAGCCCCGCUGGUGGGCCAGGCGCCCGGCCACUUCGAAGCCCACUCCAGCCACCCACUCAACCAGCUGGUGCACGGCAACCAGCAGGCUCUCCAGCAGCAGCAGCAGAGCUGGCCGCCCCGCCACUACUCCUCCGGGUCCUGGUACCCCUCCUCUCUAGGUGCCAGUGAAAUCCCCAUCUCGUCGGCUCCGAACAUCGCGUCAGUGUCGGCGUAUGCCGCGGGUCCUUCGCUCGCCCAGCCCUUGAGUCCGCCAAACGACCUCGCCAGCCUGGGCAGUGGCGGUCACUUGAGGAAUUGCCCCGUGACCACGGAGGACAUUCAUCUGAAGAAGGAACUCGAUGGCCAUCAGUCGGAUGAGACAGGCUCCGGUGAAGGUGAAAACUCCAAUGGAGGCGCUUCGAAUUUAGGAAACAAUGAGGAUGAUCAAGCUCGUCUUAUACUUAAAAGAAAGUUGCAGCGUAAUCGAACCUCCUUUACGAACGACCAGAUAGAUAGUCUUGAAAAAGAGUUUGAACGAACGCACUAUCCAGAUGUUUUUGCGCGAGAACGAUUGGCUGGAAAGAUUGGUCUGCCGGAAGCAAGGAUUCAGGUUUGGUUCUCGAACCGCCGUGCAAAGUGGCGCCGCGAGGAAAAACUGCGAAACCAGAGGAGAACACCAAAUUCCACGGGAGCUAGCGGAACCUCGUCCUCAACAUCAGCAACUGCCUCCUUAACAGAUAGCCCGAACAGCCUGAGUGCCUGUUCCUCCUUGCUGUCCGGAUCAGCAGCAGGCCCUUCAGUCAAUACUCUUAGUGGUUUAUCCUCGCCAAAUACAUUGUCCACCAGUGCCAGUGCCCCAGCGGUUGGUGCUGGCAUCGACGGUACCGGCAGCCCAGCACCAACCCAUAUUAGACCCGGUGGCACCUCGGACAUAUCCGCUGGACGUCACAGUGAAGACUGCAGAAGAGCCUGUUCUCCGUGCCCCCUGGGGAUUGGCGGCCAGCCGAAUAGCCAUCAUCACCAAAGCAAUGGUCACACCCAUGCCCACGCACAUGCGCUUGUUCCUGCUAUUUCGCCACGACUCAAUUUCAACAGCGGCGGGUUUGGGGCGAUGUACUCGAACAUGCAUCACACGGCCUUGUCCAUGAGUGAUACCUACGGAACGGUAACACCAAUUCCGAGCUUUAACCACUCAUCCGUCGGAUCGUUGGCCCCACCGUCGCCCAUAUCGCAGCAGGGCGACCUCACGCCACCCUCCUUGUACCCGUGCCACAUGACCCUGCGACCGCCGCCAAUCGCACCUCCACACCACCACAUAGUACCGGGCAACGGGAGCAGCCCUGCGGGAGGCAUAGGCAAUGCCCAAUCGGCGAACCUGGGAGCAAACUGCGGUGGCUCGGGAUACGAAGUGCUCUCCGCCUACGCGUUGCCCCCGCCCCCGUUGCCAUCGAGCAGUGCACCGGCAUCGAACUUCCCAACCUCCUCCAGUACUAGCGCCAAUGGGACCUCCCAUCACCCCAUGUCCCAAGAACCGUGCCCCUCGCCCUGCAGUUCCAACUCAAACCCUCUGGGAGUUGGCCACAGCUCCGUAUUCGCGACUGACCCGAUUUCGCCGGCUGUAUCUUCGUAUGCACAUAUGAGCUACAACUAUGCUUCGACCGCCAACAACAUGUCAGCUUCCUCCCCCGGCGGAGCCCCGGCGCAUGUCGCUCCUGGAAAGCAACAGUUCUUCGCCUCAUGCUUCUACUCACCUUGGGUCUAAAUAAGGAGGGGUGGUUCAGUCAGAAAGGCACUUCUAAUAGACUACUUUAUAAUUGUAAGCCGCCCUCUCUCCACAAGAGGCCAUAAUAAAUCGAAUUUACAUAUCUCUUUCAAUAUAAUAGAGGUUGUAGAAAAAUACAUAUGUAUGUAUACAUUAUAUAGUUCCGCCCAUUAAAUCCAAUCUAUAGUGUAGAAUAAUUGGUGUAAAUUAAAUGAUUUAAUUUUGACAAAUGGAGACAAUCAAAUCCUGUUUUAUUUUUACACUCGGCCUGGGAUCUACAAUCUCCAAGCUAAAAAUAAAUG